GGGAGGGGCCGCGCCAAGUGUGGCGGUUGGGAACCGGGCGGGGCACAGCGCGCCUGACAGACACGGGCGGCGGUUGUGCUUCUUCUGGCGGCUGCGUUGCUUGACGGAAUGGCGACUGCUUUCCCAAUGGGCCCGGGCUCUCGGACCUCGGGCUGCCGCGACGCCCGCACCACCGGCGGCUGCUCCGUGCACUGGUUCCGCCGCGGCUUGCGGCUCCACGACAACCCCGCGCUGCAGGCGGCCAUCCGGGAGGGCGGCCCCGUGCGCUGCAUCUACAUCUUGGACCCCUGGUUCGCGGCCUCCUCGGCUGUGGGCAUCAACCGCUGGCGGUUUUUACUCCAGUCCCUGGAAGAUUUGGAUAACAGUUUACGAAAACUCAACUCUCGCUUGUUUGUAGUAAGAGGGCAGCCUACUGAUGUUUUCCCAAGACUCUUUAAGGAAUGGGGAGUGACACGUCUUACCUUUGAAUAUGACUCUGAGCCCUUUGGAAAAGAGAGAGAUGCAGCUAUAGUGAAGCUGGCUAAAGAAGCUGGAGUAUCAGUGAUAAUGGAGAACUCGCAUACCCUUUACGAUCUGGACAGGAUAAUUGAAUUGAAUGGGCAUAAACCUCCGCUGACGUACAAGCGUUUCCAGGCCAUCAUUAGUCGCAUGGACCUGCCCAAGAAGCCAGUUGCCACAGUUACAAAUCAACAGAUGGAGAUAUGCAGGACUGAGAUCCAAGAAAAUCAUGACGAAACUUAUGGCGUUCCAUCCCUGGAGGAGCUUGGCUUCCCCACUGAGGGUCUUGCUCCAGCUGUUUGGCAAGGAGGAGAGACUGAAGCAUUAACCCGUCUGGAUAAGCAUCUGGAAAGAAAGGCAUGGGUUGCGAAUUACGAGAGGCCAAGGAUGAACGCCAAUUCACUGUUGGCCAGUCCCACAGGGCUCAGCCCCUACCUUCGGUUUGGGUGCUUGUCUUGCCGCUUAUUCUACUACCGGCUCUGGGAACUAUACAGAAAGGUGAAGCGGAAUAGCACUCCACCAUUGUCGUUAUAUGGCCAGUUACUCUGGAGAGAAUUUUUUUAUACAGCUGCCACAAACAAUCCCCAAUUUGACCGUAUGGAGGGGAACCCAAUUUGCAUUCAGAUCCCAUGGGACAGGAAUCCUGAAGCCUUGGCAAAGUGGGCAGAAGGCAAGACAGGCUUCCCCUGGAUUGAUGCUAUCAUGACGCAAUUGAGACAGGAGGGUUGGAUUCAUCACCUGGCCCGGCAUGCUGUAGCCUGCUUUCUGACCAGAGGAGACCUUUGGAUCAGCUGGGAGUCAGGCGUAAGGGUGUUUGAUGAGCUGCUGCUAGAUGCAGAUUUCAGUGUGAAUUCAGGCAGCUGGAUGUGGCUUUCGUGCAGUGCUUUUUUCCAACAGUUCUUCCACUGCUACUGCCCUGUUGGUUUUGGACGUCGAACAGAUCCCAGUGGUGACUUCAUCAGGCGAUAUCUUCCCAAGUUGAAAGGUUUUCCCUCGCGCUACAUCUAUGAGCCAUGGAAUGCUCCUGAGUCGGUGCAGAAGGCAGCAAAAUGUAUCAUUGGGGUAGACUAUCCCAAACCCAUGGUGAACCAUGCAGAGGCCAGCCGAAUGAACAUAGAGCGCAUGAAACAGAUCUACCAGCAGCUCUCACGCUACAGAGGCCUUUGUUUAUUGGCCUCUGUCCCUUCCAGCAUGGAAGACCUCAGCGCCCCCGUCACAGACCCUUCUGCAAGCCAAGGUAGCUGCACAAUGCCAAGGCAGUCACACUAUGGCCAGACAUCUCCAAAACGGAAGCUUAAUGUUGUAGAAGAACACAAUGAAGAGCUGUACAAACGGGCCAAGGUGAUGCCCGCGCAAAUUCCAAAGAACCUACGACAAGAAAUUGUACAUCCCGAAAUGAGAAACUGACAAGGCAAAAGUCAGGUUCUGGAAUAGGCACUUCAGUAGCAGAGAAGGAUUUUUGCCAGAAGGAUCAGAACAUUGACCAACAAC